AUGAGAUCCUUCAUAUUUGAUCCAGAAGUAAGUUUAUCCGGUUUCGUUGACAUCACAAAACAUUUUGUUCUUUUCAAAAAUGCCACAUAGUGGUUUACUAUUAAACUUCAGAAAGAUCUCUUCGAUUCGGAUCUAAUUGAAGAGCACAUAGGAAGUCAGCCGUUGCUCGCCGCCAGCUUGUUUUCACUGAUUGCCUGUUCGUUCGGUCUUGUCGUAUUUGCCGUCAUUUUCCUGACCUGUCGACUGCGCGGACAAUGCGGUUCACAGAAGUAUCAAGUAUUCAGUAACUCUAUAACAUCUGAGAAAAUGUAAAUGCCAUCAGGAAUAUCCAUCCAACUCCACCAACUAUGCCAUCUACCUCAUGCUCUUUUUCAUUUCCUGGAUUAUUGUGACUUCUGCCUCCGCCUACUUCGUUCUGGCUGGAGCUGGAUUUUGGAGUGAGAAGCUGGAUGCUCGAAAACCUGCUUUAAAGUUUUCGAAUUCAUCAAUUGUAGUGACUGGAUAGGUUUUGAAUGGAGAUGAGAUUUUUUUCCAUUUUCAGAGACUAUCUCGAAGCGCCAUCAGUGAACUGUUUGUAAACUAUGACUAUCAUGGAGAUUUUGAGAACGUUUCCGACACUUCAAAUACUUUUAUGAGCAAAUUGAAAAGAAUUCAUAUUGUGAGGGAAGAAAAUUGCGAAAAAAAAACGGAGAGUAUGUUCAGAGAAGACAACCUGCGCAAACGUUUCGAAAACGAAUUGAGAUUCCUUUGAGACCGUUAGCAGAAGUUCAGUUUACGGGAUCUUCUGGCAAGUUUAUUGUGAAAAACAAAGAGGCUGUGAGUCAAAUGAAUCCUGAAGAAGAAACAGAUGAAGCAGAAGUGGAUACUGUAAUUGUGAGUUUGAUUUCAUUAGACUCAUCCGAAUUAUUUUGUCCUCAGAACUUCCCAAAGCCUGUUCAACAAGAGCAACAUCCAGAAGACGACAACUUCAAUGAAUCUACAGAAGGACCGGAACACGAAGUUUCGAAUGAAUUGGAAGAGAAGAACCGAGGAAAUGUGUUGGUGGUUACGGGAGAGACAAUGCUCGUGGAAGCGGAUUAUGAACCAGAAGAUGCCUCUCAGUCAAAGGAAUACAAAGAAUCUGCGGAAAAUGAACUCAUUCCUGUCACAAUUACGACAAGAAUACCGGAAAAUGCUACAACUACGACACUAGCCCCUACUACAAUAGCACAGACUACAACUACGACUACUGUAACGUCCACUACAGUAACCACAAAGAAGCAAAAACCCGUGAAAACAACAACUGAAUCAAGUAGAGCUACAGUAACCACAACUCAAGUUUUACCAGAGACCACUUGGGAACAGAUUGAAGAUGUGAAAACGGUUAGUUCUCGCAAUUUGCAUGUGGACUUAUUUAACUUUUUAAAAUUUAAUUUCAUUUUUGACGUUUCUGAAGGGUCACGCAAAACUAAACUCAGAUUCAUAAACGUGUAACUUUUUUUAAAACAAUGCUGAUUUGAAGGAUGACGUCCUGGAUCAACUGCUCUCUUCUUCUUCCGAAACAACAGACGGGGCUUUAACAUACAAUCCGAACAUGACCUAUCUCAGCCUCCAUUCCAGAAUCCUCGUGUUCAUUUGUCGACUUACAUUCUGUUUUGUGGCUCUUGCUCUGGCCCUGGUCAUUUUGCCAACGUUCUUCUUGAUAGUCGCAGGCACUGGAUGUUACAUCUACAGUGACCAUCCAAUGAAUCGAAGCAGUGUAUCCAACAAAAUCGGACGAGUCGUCUCAGUGAAUGCAUCGAUCCUUCUCUUCAUGUCGCCGUGUCUGUUGAUAUUCUCUAGUUUCACACUAUUCUACACUCAUUCUCACGAGUUGCUGUGUGCAACAAUACAAUUACAACACCAGCAAGCGAAUGGAAUGGUACCACCGAACCAUCACAAGAGUCUCAUCGAAACGUACUCUAUCAACACGAACCAGUGCUCUCGGUCCCUGGCGCCCGUCCAAUCUCUUCUACUCUCUUCUCUCCUUCUCUGCGUUUCCCUACUUCCGUGCGUAUUCGCCAUGUUCAAACUUGUUAAGUACUAUUUCCGAAUGAGUUCGGAGUUCUAUUGGAAUGCGGCGGAUAACUAUGCGGGACGGCAGUUUUCGAAGCAACAAGUAUAGCGUACAACCGAGUGAAUUGAUAGUAAUAAUAGUUGAUAUUUCAGGAGUUCCCGCGAUAUCAAAGUACUGUUAUUUAUCCAGAUGACGACUUGACACCAGGAUAUGCUGUCUAUGGACAGAUUUAAAAUAUUUCCAACUUUUCUCAAUAAUUUUCGGGUUUUGAAUAUUAAUGUUCAUAAUAUAAUUAAUUGUUUUUAUCAUAAUACAUGAUUCAUUCACGAUUCCAAAAAGACGGACUAUUUGUCAAGUGUGCCUCCCAGGGGAUCACUGCUAAUCCUCGUUUCAAUCGAAAAGGGUCUUGCGUUCUCCUUCUUCGGGGGUCAUCACUUCUAUGUCUAGCCUACUUUAUUUUCUUCUAUUCACGCAUUUUUUGGCCAUUUCGGCUAGUGUUGAUGAGUAUCGGCUUAUUCAGUAUUUGAAAGAGGUUCGUGAGCAUUUACGAAAAUUUGUCACGUCAAAUUUGAAUUUUUCACGUGGCCUUCAUACAGGAAUUAUUGCGAAGUUGUUUGAAACUUCUAAUAGUUUCACAAAUGUUAAUAGAUGUCUAGUGUGCGUAUUAUUGGGGCACCGGACAGAAAGGGCGCGCUGUUCGCAAUCUGGCCGAAUUUCUAGGCCGCGAAGUAAUUUUAAACUGAAAAUGUGGCCUAACUUUUAAAACUCGGCCCCGAGGUCGCUCAAUUUGCACUGCAAAAAGAGUUUCUCAACAGAGCGCCAUUUCUGUGAGGGGUCCCUAUAAUAUUAGCGAAUUAAUAAAUUUCAGAACUAUGACUCCUUCGAAAGACCUGUUGAAAAUAGUUCUGCUCCAUUGGAUGUCAGCGUUCGAUUCCUUCUCAACCAGAUCCUGGAUGUGGAUGAGAAGAAUCAAGUGAUGUCAAUUCUGGCGUAUAUGGAUUAUGUAGCUAAUAAAAAACACUGCCAAGACUGUUCUCUCCGAUUUCAGCACUGGAACGACUACAAACUGAAGUGGGAUCCAAGCAUGUUUGGAGGUAUCAGAGAUGUCCGAUUCUCAGGCGACGAUGACGCCCAUUUCAAGCUUUGGAGGCCGGAUGUACUAUUGUUCAAUAGGUGAGAAGGUGAAACACACCAGAAGUUUCAAACACGUUUUUUGUAGUGUAUCAGAAUCGUUCGAUUCUACAUACUCAUCAAGAUUUAUUGUUUCUUUCAAUGGAGAUGUUCAACAGAAUCCACCUGGAAUCUUUCGAUUCAUUUGUCAAGUUUGCAACACGCCUAACUUAAGCUCCUCUAAAAUUGUUUCAGAUUGACGUCACUUAUUAUCCCUUCGACCGUCAGACCUGCUUUCUCAAGCUUGGAUCGUGGACUUACAAUGGAAAAUACAUCAACUUGGACUUCCUUCUGAAACCAAUAAUAGGAAUCCAAGGGAACGCGAUCCUUGUGAAGCCAGAGAGAUCUUCAUCAAGUCAAGCUUCUUACUUUGUGAAUGAAUCCAUUGAUCUUCAAGUUUAUCUCCAGAACGGAGAGUGGGAUCUGGAAGGAACUCCUGGGAAGCGAGUUGUCCAAAUGUUCGGAACGGAUGAGUAUCAUGAACUUUAUUUUUAUAUCCACAUUCGGAGAAGGACUUUGGCUUAUGGAAUCAAUCUGAUUAUUCCGUCGCUUGUGAUCUCAAUGAUGACCAUCCUAGGCUUCACUCUUCCUCCUGACGCCUGCGAGAAAAUUACUUUGGGUUUCCUUUACCGCACGGGAAUCUAAAAUGUACUUUGUUCUACAGAAACUACUGUUCUUCUCUCUGUCAUUUUUUUCCUUCAAAUGGUCUCCAGUACAAGUCCACCUCAAUCACAAAGCGUUCCAAUUUUGGGUAUGUCACUUAUAGGAAAUUCAGAGAGAUCACAACAAUUAUCAGCCGCCUUCUUCUCAUGUUGCCUGAUGCUCGUCGCCUGUUCAUGCGUUUUCACCGUCCUAACUUUGUCCCUUCAUCAUAGAAAACCAGAAACGCAUGAGAUGAGCCCAACAGUAAAUCUUACAAUACCAUUCUGUCAUUACUGUAACAUUUUCCAGAUGAGAAAGAUAUUCAUCGACUGGCUGCCAUACAUUCUCUGCAUGUGCAAACCCGAUCAUCCAAAGACGCCCAAGCCAAAAGUCAUUGACAAAUCAAUCCUUCCGGUCCACAGAUUAUCCACAUUCAUUCCUAUGCUCAACUUGCCACGUCUUUCCCAAACGUCAUUUCCGGGCAAGAGUGUUUCUGUUUAUCAGGGUAAGCCGUGACAAGAACUCGUAUAUUGUAGAUCUAGACAAUUGUAGACACGCCAGCCAUUAUCAAGAACACAUCAAGGAUAUGUUCGGAACUUUUGAUAAUAGAGCGAGACAUAGAAAAGAUGGUGAACAAGAUUGAGGAAGACUCGAAGGAAGAGAUGGUUUGAAAAAAUACUUCAUAGCUUUUUCGGACUCUUGACUUCAGCUUCGCUCCGAAUGGAGAUUCGCCGCGAUGGCCGUGGACAGACUCUGUCUGUACGUGUUCUCCGCUUUCAUAACAACAAUUACUUGCGGUCUCAUUGUUCCUCAUAUUAUUGCGAACAUUUGA